AUGAAUGUCACGGUUUGUGUCCAGUUCGAAAGAAGCUCUUGUCUAGAUGGGAAUUUUACUUUCCAAUACAAAGAGAACCCAGUGAUCAAAAACAUGGAGCCCAGAAGCAGCCACAUGAGUGGAGGUCGAAUCAUCACUCUUACUGGAGAACGAUUCAGCCUAGUUCAAGACGUGAAGAUAAAGAUUAAAAACCAUAAUGGAGGACAAAUGAACUGCACUGUUAUGAGUGACACGGUGAUCACCUGCCCAUCCCCCACUGCCCCCAACACCACGCAGGAGAAAAAAAACAUCAGUGUCUCCUUCUACGUCAACGGUGUCUAUGAUCUGUCCAACGAGGAACUCAGAGAUGACCAAUCAGAGACGGGAUCCAGCAAGUUCAGCCUGGAAUAUCAACCCAACCCCUUGUUCUUCACCGCCCAGAGGGAGAAGCUGAUCAAACACCAUGUUGGAGAACCCCUGACUUUGGUCAUACAUAAAGAACAUGACGACCUGGGCCUGAGGGAGGAUGAGUACCAAGUCAAGGUCGGCCAUACUCCAUGCGAUCUGAUAGUUUUCAAUGACAAAGUCAUCCACUGCACCAUCAACGGGUCCUUAGACUCAUCAGAGCGCUACCAACCUGUCACCGUACAAGUCGGUAAAUACAACCAGACCAUCACCAUGCUUCAUCUGGCCGGCAUAGACACCUCAAUCAUUGUGUCUGUCAUUAUCUGUAGCAUAUUGUUGCUUCUGUCUGUGGUGGCACUCUUUGUCUUUUGCACCAAGAGCCGACGAGCCGAGCGUUAUUGGCAGAAAACGCUCGUACAGAUGGAAGAGAUGGAGUCCCAGAUCCGGGAAGAAAUUAGAAGAGGAUUCGCCGAGUUGCAGACAGAUAUGACGGAUCUGACCAAAGAGCUGAACCGCAGCCAGGGAAUACCAUUCCUGGAGUACAAGCAUUUUGUGACCCGCACCUUCUUCCCAAAG